CCCAGCCUUCCCGGCCUGAUAGUUCCAAGUCUUUUUUACGAAAAGUUCUGCAACUGUUUUUUUCGAGUCGACAGGUCGCUCGUUCCCUCGUUUGCUUUCCCUCGCUUUGAACCACGCCCAGGGCAUGUAGGAUUUAUUCUGUCUGCGAUUAUCGAGAGCUUGAGUCGCGCGCAGUUGUCGGUAGCAGGCCACUGCCGGGAUGUUCCUCACGGCGAUGCAGCGCUCAGCGAUUCUUAUCCUGUCGUUACUGAGCGCUACCGCCUUUAGCUGGCCCUACACCGAGUCACUCGUUGACUAUAACUUGAACGAAAAUAAAACCGCGGAAUCGCCGAUUGAUUAUUGGGGAGAGUGGCCGGAUCAUGAAUAUCAUCCGUCUCCCGAUAACUGGCGCUUCCCGAUCUAUACAAUCUUUUUAGACCGCAUCGCUAACGGUGAUCCGAAGAAUGAUGAUAUUAACGGUACCGCCUUUGAACAUGUGGUGGGCUCGAAUCAAAUGCGCCACGGGGGCGAUCUGGUUGGUUUAAUUGAUACGCUGGAUUAUAUUAGGGGCAUGGGUUUCAAGGCCAUUUACUUCGCUGGAACGUACCUGAUGAACCUUCCCUGGGCCUAUGAUGGCUACUCCCCGGUUGAUACCACUUUGCUCGACAUGCACCAUGGCACACUCGACGAUUGGAGACGGACCAUCACCGAGAUCCACAAACGAGAUAUGUAUGUGAUCAUGGAUAAUACACUGGCAACGAUGAGCAACCUGAUUGGCUUCAAAGGACAUCUCAACGAUUCAGCCGAUUUUCGAGCAGAUGAAUAUGAAGUCCAGUGGAUCUCAGAUAGACAGUACGCCGACUUCAAAUUCGGAAAUGAGUACAAUGAAACUUGCCAGUUCCCGAAGUUCUGGAAUGAGACUGGUUAUCCAUUGACAUCAGGUGGUGUUGAGGAGCUGAAAGGGUGCUAUAAUAGCGAUUUCGAUCAAUUUGGUGAACUGGAGGCGUUCGGUAACUUUCCCGACUGGAAGCGCCAGCUUACCAAGUUCGCCUCGGUGCAAGAUCGUCUGCGUGAAUGGCACAAGCCUAUCCGUGAUGUCAUCACCAGGCAUUCUUGUAUUCAGAUUGCUAGUCUAGAUAUUGAUGGUUUUCGUUUCGAUAAGGCCGUCCAGACAACCCUCGAGCCGCUAAGUGAAAUAACUGCCGUCUACCGUGAAUGUGCAAAGAAAUAUGGCAAGCAUAAUUUCUUCCUUCCCGGCGAGAUCACAUCAGGAAAUACCUUUGGCAGUCUUUACCUUGGACGUGGUCGUCAACCCGAUCAGCAACCCGAGUCGGCAGAUGCUGGUGCUAAGCUGAAAAAUAGUUCGGAUGGAUAUUUUCUGAGAGACGAUGGAUACCAGGCGUUGGACUCAGCCGCGUUUCACUACACGAUCUACCGUUCGAUGACCCGUUUCUUGGGAAUGGAUGGUAAUCUAGUGGCUGGCUUUGACUUGCCCACUGAUUUUAUCGAGGCCUGGAAUGGGAUGCUUGUGAGCAACGACUUCCUGAAUGCAUACACGGGCGAAGUAGACCCGAGGCACAUGUUUGGUGUCUCUAACCAGGACAACUUUCGCUGGCCAGCAAUCAAGAAUGGUACCGAGAAAUACCUUCUGGGUCUUUACAUCGUCACCCUCGAGCUCCCUGGAAUUCCUCUGAUCUUGUGGGGUGAAGAGCAGGCGAUGUAUGUUUUCGAAUCCACUGCCUCUAAUUACCUGUUCGGCCGGCAGCCAAUGACGUAUCAGACUGCAUGGUGGACGCAUGGCUGCAUGACUCUGAACACAUCCAAAUUCUACGAUUUCCCUAAUGAGAAGGGACUACACGGCUGCGAGGAUAUCACCGUUACGUAUGAUCAGCGGAACCCAGCACACCCGCUGCGCAAUAUCAUGAAGCGCAUGUUCGAGAUUCGGGAGCAGUACCCGGUAGCAAAUGAUGGGUUUUAUCUUCAGACUCUUUCCCAGCUGACUAAGGAUCUGUACCUUCCUGGUUCAACGGACACUCCGACUGUAACUGGUCUCUGGUCGGUUCUGCGGAGCUACAUCCCAGGCGUCCAGAAGGAGGCAAGCAAGAACAGUCAGAACCUUUGGCUUGUGUAUCAUAAUGCUAACAAAACCGAAACCUACGGUGGUGACUGCAAAAAGAAAGAUACUGCCUUGCUGUCGCCCUUCAAGUCGGGAACGAAGCUGAAGAAUCUCUUCUACCCUUACGAUGAGCUCACUUUAGAAGAUGGUCCGGGCGAAGUCGCAGUACACAACAGCACCGAGACCUAUGGAUGUAUUCGCAGUAUGAAAUUACUUCCAUGGGAAUACCGGGCUUAUGUGGAGGCUGAAAACUUCGUGGAGCCCGGCCCGACUGUCACUGAAUUCGUUCCAGGCCACGACGCCCGAUUGUUGUCCACGGACGACAGUGGCCAAACAGUUGACAUCCAGCUCGGAUAUUCAAAAGAGAUGGACUGUGACAAGAUCGCCGAUGCGAUCUCUCUGAACUCAACGACAGUGAAGGGAGUCACAGCGUCCCUUGACAAAUCUAGCGUUUCUUGCAACAAAAUCUCCGCAAGGACAAGCAAUGAUAAUUUUGUCGGGGAGGUCCCAACCGUAUGGACGUGGUCCGCCAAGCUGAAAAAUAUCCACCAUGGAAUCCAUCAGCUGACGGUUAAGAACGUUUCUACAACGUCUGGAGUUCACACCGAUGCGGUUGACCAGUUUUUGUUCCGUGUCGGAAGUCAAAAUAAUCCCCUUUUAUCCCCACUGGCCAAUUAUUCCACCAGCCUUGUGCAGAAAUCUGACAACGGCAGCUUCUAUAUCCAGCAUGAUGCCGCUGGAGCUGACAAAUACCGCUACUCGACUGAUUUUGGCCUUAACUGGUCCAACUGGACAACGUAUACUGGCGACAACACUCUAGUCGACUUCCCAGAGUGGACCGGGACAGACGCUCAGAAGUGGAAAGGAACUCAUAUCCGCGUACAGUACUUUUCAAGGCUCACUGGUAGUAGUGAUUACAUCCAGGAAGGUGAUCACGGCUGGGAGAAAGGUGCUGCUCGUAGAUUCCCCAAUCUCUUUUGGAACGGUCCGUUCAAUCAAUACGGUUACGAUGCGGGAUUGGAUAACAAGAUGAGAUACGAUGCAAAGGAACACCGUUGGAAGUACGAUUUCGUCUACGAGUGGCCGGCCAUAGGACAGAUGAGCGUCUGGGGAAUGUUAAAGGAUGGGCGGCCCGACGUUACAGAGGUCUAUGGUGAUGUCGAUAACUCAUCUGUAGUACAGAAACUUCCUCCGUCUUACCUUUCGUCUAACGUGAUCAAUAUCACGAAGUUACCCCCAUUCCCGCACCUCGGCUGGACCAUCACGCUCAAUGACGCCAACUUGAGAUAUGAGAUGCUUCCGGUUGGAUCGGGAUGGGCUCAGCUCGUGCUAUACAUUCUUCUCUGGGUCCUCCCAAUUCUCAUGGGAUUUGCUGGUAUCUUUAUCUUCAUAAGGACAUUUUACCGCGUUAAACUCAAUACCGAUGGCGACGUGGCCAAAGAAGAUAAGCUGCCGCUUCUGUUUUGGCGGAGGGUCAGAGAAAAGUUCUCCGGCGAUGACGAGUCGGAUAAGUCGAUAUCGGAUAAGGGCAUACCGACAGACAUUGCUAUCGCAGGAGCCCCUGAGCAACGACGUACGGUGUUGAUCGCCACCAUGGAAUACAACAUCGAAGACUGGAAGGUCAAGGUGAAGAUCGGCGGUCUAGGUGUCAUGGCACAGCUCAUGUCUCAGCAUCUGAAGCAUCAAAACCUUAUCUGGGUUGUUCCUUGUGUUGGUGACAUUGAAUAUCCCCAGGAUACACCAUCCGAGCCUUUCGUGGUCACGAUCCUAGACAAGCCCUAUUUUAUCAAUGUGCAAUAUCACAUGGUUGAUAACAUCACCUAUGUUCUGCUCGAUGCUCCAGUUUUCCGACAACAGACCAAAGCAGAGCCAUAUCCUCCGCGCAUGGAUGAUCUUGACAGUGCAAUCUACUAUUCGGCAUGGAAUCAAUGUAUCGCGGAGACGAUCAAGCGAUUCCCUUCGAUCGAUCUCUAUCAUAUCAACGAUUUCCAUGGUUGUUUAGCACCGCUGUAUUUGCUGCCCACGCGUACCAUCCCAGUGUGCCUUUCUUUGCAUAAUGCCGAAUUCCAGGGCCUCUGGCCCCUGAGAAACCCCCAGGAGAAGAAGGAAGUUUGUUCGGUCUUCAACCUCCCCGUCGAAACUGCGACCAAGUAUAGUCAAUUUGGAAACGUGUUCAACCUGCUUCACACCGGUGCUAGCUAUGUGCGAUUCUACCAACGCGGCUUUGGCGCAGUAGGUGUGUCCAAGAAGUAUGGAAAGCGCUCAUGGGCUAGAUACCCAAUUUUUUGGAGUCUUGAAAAGAUUGGCAGUCUUCCAAACCCAGAUCCGUCCGACACAGGGGAUAUAGCAAAUAACCCAGACGCCGAAGUCCCUACCCAGUCCUACGAAGAACGAAUCAAUGACAAGCUACAGGCACAGAAGUGGGCUGGUCUGAAUGAAGAUCGCAACGCUGACCUACUAGUGUUUGUUGGACGAUGGUCGAAGCAGAAGGGAGUGGAUUUGAUUGCAGAUGUCAUGCCAGCCGUAUUAUCUGCGAGACCCCACGUACAACUGAUCUGCGUUGGACCUAUCGUCGAUCUUUAUGGUAGGUUGGCUGCUACAAAGCUGGAGCGCAUCAUGGAAAUGUUCCCUGGCCGCGUAUUCUCAAAGCCAGAGUUCACCGUUCUGCCCCCAUACGUAUUUUCUGGUGCCGACUUUGCCCUGAUUCCCUCCAGAGACGAGCCUUUUGGGUUGGUUGCUGUGGAAUUUGGUCGUAAGGGUGCACUGGGAAUUGGGUCUCGCAUCGGAGGUUUAGGCCAGAUGCCAGGUUGGUGGUACACUGUGGAGUCCGACGCAACCCGCCAUCUUCUGCAUCAGCUGAAGACUGCUAUCAAACAAGCUUUGGACUCGUCACAACAGGCUCGAGAGGAGAUGCGCGCCAAUUCCGUCAGGCAACAUUUCCCUGUUCUUGAAUGGAUCCAGAAACUCGAGGCUUUACAGCGAACAGCAAUCCAAAUCCAUCAUACGAAGAACAAGAACACCGUGACAGGCCCGGUGCCAGAGUCACAGAACUACUGGGAGACUCAAAGUAUGCGGAUGUCUACGCUGGGCCUUCCAGGACCUACCCAGUCGAUGACAGAGGGGUUGGAUACACCACCAGGAAGGCUUUUGUCCCCCGGCCAGUCUCGAUUUACAGAACUGCAAUUGGAGGGAGCUGAUGGCAACAGAAACAGUAGCCUGGGUCGCAAACUCUCGCUUGGUCGGCGAUCUGGACCUGGUCAGGGCAGAAAACGCCUCGGCAAGAGCCCACCGCGCGAGAGCCAGAUACUCGGCGAGGAGUUGGAAGGUGAGAACACGGAUGCCGAUGAAGAAGGCACCGCUACGCCGCAGGUGAACUAUAUUUCGCCUGAAGAGGCUAUGGCUGCGGUUAACAACACGCUGGGAACCCAAGAUAUCGGAACAGCCCACACGAACAACAGUACUCACUCACUCGCUGGUCCUCAAGGGUCUUCUUACAUGUCAGUACCAGGCUCACCGAACAUGUCGCGGGCUUCCUCUCCCAUGCCAGGAACCCCGGGACUGCCUCAAUACCCAUUCCAGUUUGCAUUGGGGUCUGGCGGAAAUACCCCUUUCGCUCACUCCCGCAAUGUCUCUAUGCUUUCCUUGCCUUCAGUCGUGGCGGACCACAACCAGCCCGUUUUCGAGCUGCAAAAGGUUGAUCCUACCUUUACAGACAGCACACGCCACUUCACGAGACGCUUCGAAGAGAUCCUGAACAACCUGAACAAGAAGAACUCAAUGACAGACUGCUGUAUUGAGACGUACCUGAUGAAGAGCGAGCGUAAAUUCUAUGACAUGUACAAUGAUGCACAGCUGAAGAAACAGCCGGAUGAUCGUGCAGUGUCUGAGACGAAUUCGGACACUCAAUAUAACCGUGCCUCGUACGCUACUGUUACUGGAGGUUCGGACUCGAAUGAUCCAGAUGAGAUCGAUCAAUGGCUCUCUCGUUUGGGGUACAAGCGACCGAUGGCUAUCCAGAGAUUCAUGAGACGGCGUCUUGGCAAAUGGCCUGUCUAUGCUCUAUUCUUGGGUCUUGGACAAAUCAUCGCGACCAACUCUGCUCAAAUGACCCUAUUAGUCGGCCAAGUAGGAGAAACAGCAACUAAGUUGUAUAUUAUUGCAACGGUCUACUGUAUCUCCUCUGUCUGUUGGUGGCUCCUCUUUUACCGGUUCCCGUCAGUAAUCGUCCUCACUCUCCCCUGGUUCAUAUACUGUAUGGCAUUCAUCAUCAUUGGAGUCUCUCCAUUCGCUCUUACAUCUCUCGGUCGAGCUUGGGCCCAGAACGUCGCUGCAGGUGUCUAUUCUGCCGCGUCGUCUAGUGGCUCGCUCUUCUUCGCCCUUAACUUCGGUGACCAGGGUGCCGUCCCUAUAAAGGACUGGAUGUUCCGCGCAAGUCUCAUCCAAGGAAUUCAACAGCUCUACACUGUCGCCCUAUGGUAUUGGAGUUCGAAGGUGAGCGAGGCAGAAGUGGGAGGCGUGUCUACAGCUGCCCUGAACUCAUGGAAACUCACAGCUGUGGUGAUGCCCAUUGCCGCCGUAUGUUUCAUAGUCGGCGUGCUCCUCGCGCUCGGCCUACCAAAAUACUACCGUCAAUCCCCCGGUAGGAUUCUCUUCUUCUAUACAUCCCUAUUCCGCCGCCGUAUCGUGCUCUGGUUCUUCUUCAUGGUAAUCGUCCAGAACUGGUUCCUCUCCGCAGAAUUCGGUCGCAACUGGUCGUUCCUCUGGUCCUCCCAACACGCCAAGGCAUGGGAGGUCCUCAUACUGGUCCUCUUCUUCUUUGUCGUCCUCUGGGUCAUAAUCCUUAUCAUCUUCCGCGCCCUGUCUAAGGAACACAGCUGGAUUCUACCUGUCUUCGGCCUGAGUCUCGGCGCACCGCGCUGGGCCCAGACGUGGUGGGGAACGUCCAAUAUAGGCUACUACCUGCCAUGGGCAGGAAGUCUGACAUCCGGUGCUCUGGUGUCGAGAUGUGUCUGGCUCUGGCUCGGUGUCCUCGACGAAAUCCAGCAAGUCGGUCUUGGUAUGAUCCUCCUGCAGACCCUGACAAGAGUCCACGUUUGCUUCGUCCUUUUGGCCGCACAGGCUCUCGGAUCGAUCGCUACAAUCUGCGCCCGUGGAUUCGCGCCGAAUAAGCUCGGUCCCGCGAGUAUCUCUCCGAACGUGGGAACGUCUCUAGAUACAGUUGGAAAUGCGUGGUUUUGGAUCGCGCUGUUCUUCCAGCUUUUGGCUAGUUGGGGCUUCCUUCUGUUCUAUCGUCGCGAACAACUUAAUCGCCCUUAAGGCUUGCUUGUGGUUCGAAUUAGAGAUCAAUCUUCGAGUACUUUAUCCAUGAUCUCCGGCUAGAUACGAAUCUACCAUCUCUUUAUGGGCGGGAUCUCACUUCCCUCCUGUUGUUAUCAGCAUUGCAGGUGUUCGUUCGGGAGCGAAUACUUGACAUCUUAAUGGGUUUAUGUAUAUUUUUGAUGCUGUGUUUAGAGGUACAUAUAUAGAUUUUUAAGAAGAUAAUACUCUUAAUAUUAAACUGUAUCUGUUAAUCA